AUGGAAGACGACUUGGACGAACUGCUAGACGAAGUGGAAAAGAAGUUUUGUCGCAACAUAUCAGUCUCGUAUGACAAAGCGGCAAGCCCCAAUAAGGAGAUAAAAAGCGGAAAAGACAGCGACGGCCGACGAAAUGUCGGAUGUGGGCAGAAGACAAAAAGCAUCACUGAAGAUAUUGACGCUCUUUUGGAGGAAUUCAAGGAGGAAGAACAAAAAAAUAUACCUCCAACUAAGCUUUCCAUAGGUGACCAAAUUCAUUGUCAACAUGGAGGGAGAAAGUGCUGUCCUGUUUACCUGGGAGGCAGCGCCUUGGCAAAAGGAAUAGGAACGGCGACAUCCAAAAGGUCAUGUGACCAGCUAAGAUGCACUUCCUGCGACUUCCGAAUUGUGAUGUUUGACGAUCGCGAGUGGGAUUCAUCGUGCGAUUACCUUUUUCUCAGGAACAACAUGCCCGACCACAAGAAGCUGGCAGCCAAGCUGAGGAAGAAGAACGGCGUCCGGGCAUACGCUUGCCAAUGCAGUUGGUUCACCGUAUCGGACGCCAUCGACGUGUCCGUGCAGCCGCACCUCAAAUGGGCGUGUGCAAGACACCUGGACUGA